CAGCAUGUAUAAAGCGUUUCAAAGUGGACAGCGACUCUGUCCACCCCGUUAGUGCUAGUCCCUAAAUCGGCAACGAGUGGAGUGAUUGCUUCUGUUAGGAAAAACUCUCCAAAGUCCAGGAUGUGGGGAGAGCCCACACCUACCAACUUCCAGCUGCUGCUUCUCUCCUGAGGCUUUCAGAACAGGCAUUUUCAUGCUCGCAAUGGAAUUAAAGAGAAUUAUAUCCAGGGCAUACCAUGUUGCUGCCCUGCUCCCGCUCUUUCUCCUGCUUUGGGGUUCCACGUGCGCUGAAGAUGUCAAGAGCUGUUCAUCAUCCCCUUGUCAGAAUGGAGGGAGCUGUGAGGACUUGGGAAGGGGAUACCGGUGCGUCUGCCCUCAGCAGCCCCUAGCCUACAUGGGCACGAACUGUGAACUCCUCUAUGAUGCGUGUGCUGUGCACGCGUGCUCCACCAAUAAAACCUGCCGCACAGUGCGAGGGCUCCAGGAGUAUGAAUGCAUCUGCAGGGCUGGCUUCACAGGUAUCGACUGUAGUGUUAAUAUUAACGAGUGCGAGAGCAACCCUUGCAAAGAGCCGCAUUUUGAAUGUGUAGAUAGUGUAAAUGGAUACACCUGCCAAUGCCAAACAGGACUGAUCGGAGAAGGCUGCCAAACAGCGAUCUCUCUGUGCUCUAGCCAUGCCUGCCUAAAUAAUGGGACCUGUGUCCAGCGUGCUGAGGAUUAUGUCUGCUUCUGCCCACCUGGCUUCACUGGGGACCACUGUGAGCACGACGUCAACGAGUGCGCCUCCAGCCCGUGCCAGAAUGGGGCCAUCUGCCGGGACAUGGUGAACGAGUACAAAUGUUUCUGUGUGCCUGGGUUCCAAGGGUACCGCUGUGAAAUAGAUAUCAACGAGUGUGCAUCCCGGCCCUGCAAAAACAACGGCACCUGCCGGAACGAGAGGGAUCACUAUAUCUGCGAGUGCGUCCCUGGCUACACAGAUGUAAACUGUGAUGCUGAAAUAAAUGAAUGCAACUCAGACCCUUGCGAGAACGGGGGCACAUGCAGUGACCACAUUGGGUUCUUCACCUGCACCUGUGCGCCAGGCUAUGAAGGACUCCAGUGUGAGGUGGACAUCAAUGAAUGUCUCAGCCAACCAUGUCACAAUGGCGGGAAGUGUCUUGACCUAGUUAAUAGCUACCAGUGUGAUUGCAGUGACACAGGCUUUGAAGGGGAGCACUGUGAGCUGGAUAUCCUCGAGUGUGCCUCCCAGCCCUGCCUGAACAGUGCCACGUGUCUGGAGGGGGUCAAGAAUUAUAGCUGUGCCUGCUGGCCAGGUUACGUGGGGCAACGCUGUGAGGAGGAUGUGGAUGAGUGUGCCACAGAGCCCUGUCACAAUGGAGGUGUGUGCUUUGAACGAUCCAACCAGAGCUACUAUGGGACACAGCCAGACUUCCCCCAUGAGUUCAGCUACAGCCAAGCUGCUGGUUUCCUCUGUUGGUGCCAACCAGGCUUUGAAGGGGAGACCUGCUCCAUCAACAUCGAUGAAUGCGAGUCCCAGCCAUGUCAGCACGGAGCACGCUGUGAAGAUCUGGUUAACAGCUUCCUUUGCCAUUGCCCACCGGGAUACUCAGGCGUGGAGUGUGCCGUUGACAUCAAUGAGUGCGAAGAUGGCCCCUGCGAGAAUGGGGCUGCCUGCGAGGAUGGCAUUGCUGACUACCCCUGCCGCUGCGUCCCCAGCCAGAAUGGCACUGUAUGGGGCGGGAAGAACUGCUCCAUCCAGCUCACCGGCUGCCAGACACAUGACUGCCAAAAUGAGGCCCUCUGCACCCCAACGUAUGUGGCAGGGAGCCACGGCCACCUUUGCCAGUGCCAGCCUGGCUUCUACGAUGCCACAUGCUCAACCCCAACAACCUUCUCCUUUGCCUCCAGGACAUUUCUCCCCAUUGACAUGUCCACAGGUGGUUGGAGCAGGAAGGAUGUGGCAGGAGUUCCCGUGGCCAGCGUGUCGCUCCGGUUCAGAACCACACUGCCUGAUGGCAUCCUCUUUUACCGAGGCCAGGAAGGAGCAUACCUGUUCCUGGAGCUCUCUGGUGGCACACUGCAUGCAGGGGUGCAAAGAAACAACGCCAAAUCCUCUUUGGCCUUGGAGGGACUGAAGGUUGAUGAUGGCCAGUGGCAUAAAGCUGAGGUUCUUCUGCAGCACUCGGUGGAGUUAAAGCUGUGGCACGAAUCCUGCGAUGCAGGAGUCUGCCUGCAGAGCGCUGUGGUUGGGGACAGUGCUGCUCUGCUCCCACCACCCUUCCUGAAAGCCUAUGUUGGGGGGGUUGAUGGCAGCGGGGUAGCCAACACCACACGCAGCCGGCAGGGUUACAUCGGCUGCUUGCAGGACCUGCAGGUCGAUUCCCAGGCUGUCCUUCCCCUGGAUCUCCUUCCCAAUGCAUCCUCCCUGGCAGCACUGGGCUGUGACAGGACGGAGUGGUGCCAGGCCCAGCCCUGCUCUCACGGAGGCUCGUGUGUGGACCUCUGGGCAACCUUUAGGUGCAACUGCUCCAGGCCUUAUGAAGGCCUCACCUGCUCAUACGAGUAUCCGGCAGCAACGUUUGGCCUGGAGGAUUCCUACAGCUUGGCCUCUUUCACACUUGCAGAUAAUCCCAUAGCUGACUUCAGUGUUUCCUUUUUCAUCCGCACGCUGAAGCCAGAGGGCCUGGUGCUGCAGGUCCAUGAUGGGACUGAACCCUGCCUCACUGUGUACCUGAAGGAUGGCUGGCUCCUGCUAAAGACACCAUUCGCAGGCCCCAUGGCGCUCUCAGAAGCGCUGGCUGAUGGGAAGAGACACUUGGUGACACUCUCCUUCCGAGAAGGAGUAGCUUACACCAGUCAUUCAGACAGAGAGGUGGAGCUCGGGCACCUGGUCAUGAGGCCUCUUGCAGCUGGCCAUGUGGUACAUGUUGGCAGGCUUCCUCAGCAAGAAAGCAUGGGGACUUGGGGAGGCUAUUUUAAAGGCUGUCUUCAAGAUAUCCAGCUCAACAACCAUCGCCUGGAGCUUUUUGCUCAUCAGGCAGACAACUACAGCCUACCACAGGAGGCAUACAUGGGACGAACUACUGGCCUCGUGCAGGGCUGCAUCUCUGACGACACCUGCAAGUCCAAGCCGUGUCACAAUGGCGGGGUGUGCACUGUCACCUGGAAUGACUUCAGCUGUAGCUGUCCAGCAAACUUCACGGGGAAAACCUGCGAGGAAAGAGUCUGGUGUGAAAGUGACCCCUGUCCCAAAGCCACCGCCUGCGUGGAUGUCCCGGCAGGCUAUGUCUGUCUGGCAAAUGCCACGUUUUAUGGCCAUGCUGCCACCGAGUUCACCACCAACGCUUCGGUGACCAGAACACUCAGCAGCGUCCGCUUGGACUUCAGAACCAGAGAUGCGGAUGCCAUUUUGCUUCGGGCCACUGAAGCGGUGGGCUCUCUCCAGAUCGCCAUCCAGAACUCCUCCCUGCUCGUGGAGAUGAGCAGUGGGAACAGCAUUGAGGGUGCCAGCUUCCGGAGUCAGAUGCCUGUCACCGACGGGGCCUGGCACACGGUCUCUUUGACCAUGGAGGAGCCAUCAGCACUUUCUUCACGCUGGCUGGUUCAUUUGGACAAUUCCAUGAAUGCAACUCUCCAGGGGAGGGCUGGGGACUUGGCUUUCUUGAGGACCAAUGCACUGAUUGUGCUGGCUGAGAAUUUCACAGGCUGCCUUGGAGAAGUGACCAUUGGGGAAAUCCACUUGCCCUUCACUGCCCACCUCCCUUACCCUCAGCCUGAGCAGUUCUUGCAGGCUGGGGGCAGUGCCAUCCAGCUGGGCUGCACGGGGGCCGAUGUGUGCGGGUCAGGUCCUUGCCUCAAUGCUGGCACUUGUGAGGACCUGUUUGAUUCCUUCCGCUGCGCUUGCAGCACAGGGUGGGCAGGCCCGCUCUGCGAGGCCAACAUCGAUGACUGCCAGGCCAGCCCAUGCGUCCACGGGACCUGUGUGGAUUUGGUGGCUGACUUCCAGUGUGAAUGUGCCCCGGGAUUUGCGGGGAAGAAAUGCGAUGUGGACGUGGAUGACUGUGGGCAGCACAAGUGCCUACACAGUGGGACCUGCGUCGAUGAAGUCGCCGGCUAUUCCUGCAAGUGCCUGCCACAGUACUCUGGCCCACGCUGCGAGUGGCCGUUUCCCCCUGAACAAUGCGGCAAAAACUUCACCUGCCUGAAUGGUGGCAAAUGCACCAGUGGCCCGUGGGGAGCCAACUGCACCUGUAAGCCGGGUUUCACCGGACGGAACUGUCAAAUGAAUAUCAAUGAGUGUGAUCCAAACCCAUGCCAGAAUGGAGGGACGUGCCAGGAUGCGGUGAACAAGUACGAGUGUGUGUGCAGUGCAAGCUACACAGGGGAGCGCUGUGACAUUGAUAAAGGGACUCCAGGUGCUUUCUUCCCAUUCCCAUUACUUGAAGUAGCUGUCCCUGUAGCCUGUGGCUGUUUACUUCUGGUUAUUAUUGGUCUCAUAUUCAUGGUUCUCACUGCAAGGAAGAGGCGCCAGUCAGAGGGAACCUACAGCCCCAGCCAGCAAGAGGUGGCAGGAGCGCGCUUGGAGAUGGACAGUGUCCUGAAAGUGCCACCAGAAGAACGCUUAAUAUAGGUAUCGCCAUGGCAAGGAGAUGCACGCCAGGGUCUGCUUAGACCUUGCGACUUUUCCAGCACUUGCUCCAGCAGAUCCACGUGAGCUCAGUCCCUCUGAGGCAUGGCGAGGAGGCCGUGGACUUACAAGUGCCUGGAAGAUUGUUUAAGCAAUGGCUGUUCCAGCUGGCUCACUUUUCAUUGUCAGUUGUGGACUCCUGGCUCAAAAUGAGCUUUUUACCCUCCUCUCCUCUGGACUGUCCCCCUUCUUCAACUAGCAUAGGAGCUGUUUCAAGUCAUUCAGGUGUUUGCACCUGGUAGGAGAUGUCCCUAGCCCCACUGCCACACCGCAGUCAGAUUAUUAAAGACUAUUUCAAAAGAUGAGUAAUUAGGCAGUAUGACAACAGCUUAUGCUUAUGCUGCAAAGAAAACUAGCUACUUUCUUGUUAGAGCUGGAGAGGUGUAGAGCAUAUUUAUGACCAGACUGUAUACAGUGUUUAAUUUUCCCAACUUUUCAAACCAGUUUCAAGCCAGUUGGGAUGAGUGGUAGAAACCCCCUGGCACCAUUUCCACAACAGCAACAGCAGCCGUGAACUCCUGCCUCCUGACAGAUGCAACGCUGGAAAGAGCUGUCAGGAACUACUGCCAUCAUUGCACAAUCAAUGCAUUUUAUCAAGUGACCGCUGCCUGGGGUAAAGCUUUAGACAUUCCCACGGGUACCACACAGGGCGUGUGCAAUCGCGGCCCUGACUCGGAGCAGGAGCUAUGAGUUCCUGCCGUGCUCGUGGCAGUUCAGUGCCUAUCGCCAAAUGCCUGACCUUUUCCAAUUCUGAAAGGGUUCAGUAAAAAUGUGCAGAGUGUCAGACAGGAGAACAUUCAUCUUGGCCCUUGGGCAGUCCCUGUAGGCUACAAACGGAUGGGGACUGUGCUGCCCAACAGACAAGGACGGGGAAGCUGGGUAUUUGGUAGCUGACUAAAGCAGGUGGCUUUCCUAUCAGCAACAUGAGAUGCUUUGCACAAAGCAGCUUUCGCAUGUUCUGAAAAUCCUGAGAAAAUGGUUUGUUCUUCUCACUGGCCUGGAAGUGUUUCAAAACUGUGAUGGGGAAGUGGUAAUGGGGGCAGAGAGGAAGCAGCUUUGAUAUUUUUCUGGUGGGAAAUAUUACAUUUCACGAAGAUGAGCUCUGAGAGUAACGGCAAUAACCCUGUUCCAUCACAGCAGCCAGUGUGGGCACAUCUUAGCAACUCUUCGGUUGUGGGAGCAGUCGGGGCUGCAGGGGCAGCUCUGCUCCUGGCAGUUAUUGCAGGCUCAGUGAUUGCCAUGAAGAAAAGGAGAGCCACUCAGGGAACGUACAGCCCCAGCCGGCAGGAGAAAGACGGUGCGCGCGUGGAGAUGUGGAAUGUGAUCAAGAUGCCACCAACCGAGAGACUGAUCUGAGGACAUUCCCAGGCACUGCUCUGCUGCAGCACUUCUGUAUGUAUUUGCUGAAGUCCAAGCUGCUUUUUUUAGGGCAUUCCUGUUCCUCUGUAGCUUCUCUAGGAUGUGGGAAGCCAUCCUCUAGUGGGAGGAAAAACCUAGUUUGGGGUUUUUGUGGUGGUUGUGUCCUGACUCCUGCAAACUGUAAAACCACUGGGGCAGCACGGGCAGCAGAACAAAUGAAAGCUUCGCAGGGAUUACGCAGAGAACUGUGUAUAGGCAAAAUGCACUGCAGCCUACUGGGGUGCUCUGUCCCAGCAGGAGAACAGAGGGCAGGGACCAGCUCCACGAUGCCCCUCCUUUUUCUGUCCCUUUGGCAUCUGAUUUCUCAUGUCAGCAGCAAUUCUCUCAUUGCCACAGAAUCAGCACAAACCUCACAUUGAGCAUUAGUAGAUGACAAACAGCAGGUCAGGGAGUCUCACUAACAGAGGAAGAGUUUCCUAUCUUCAUUACCGAGUGCAAUCCCAAAACCUACGUGCUAGGGGCAGGAUUUUCCUCUCCCACCAUGGCAAGGCCAGACAAGCAACUGACUCAUGGCAGAACUCUCCACAGCUCCAGUGCCGCUGUUCUUCCAGCCAUCGGGAAAAUUAAACCACCCUGCAGGUGGUAGGUACUUGGACUAGGCUUAGCUUAGGAAAGGAUCCAGCAGGAGUAUUUGAACUGCCUUGAAAUGAAUUGCUGAGUGCAUUGCUAAAUUGUUCUGAGAAUUUGGAUGUAUACAGCAGCGGAUCACUUUAUUUGAUCAGCAUUUACAGUAGAGUGGCUCUGAGCUGCCCAGAUGCCACUUAGCUGUAAUGUUGCUCACCCCCUGAGAUCUGCCAGAGUCGAUGCCUGACUUCAGGACUCCACCAGAGCUGCCCUGUGACGACUUGGCCCUCGUGCGUGAAGGUGACACUUGCCUGCAAAGGGUCAGUAGCAGGCCUUUGCAUCGCCAGCUGCAGUGCUACAAGGGGACGCUUAGCCCCAUGUAAGAAAUGUGGUGAACUUUUAACAGGCAAUUAAGUUGUGUUGGGUGAAACCUGCCACUAACUCCUCACCCACCAGGUUUCUCUGAGGACAUGCACUGUUUGUUGCUCCUCCUGCUCUCACUGUUGCUGCUGGGUGCAGCUUUCCCUCUCCAUCACCGUAUGUCAGGGACUGUGCAAACAACUGAUACAGAGCAGGCUCAUGGAGGUCUGAAAUGUUAAUUAUUUCAUCAUCGUUAUAACAAAUACUGGUUAGGAAGAUUUUACACAAGUAUCUAUUCUUAUCUAGAGAGCUCAGAAAUGUGAAUCCACAUGCACCACACAAUGCCACUGGAGAAAAUCCUACAUGAAUUUUGCUUCUUGAAAGUAUUUAACUGUUGCGUAAAUAUUUCUGGAUUCUAACAAACAAAGGGAAGGGUACUAAGACCAGACAGUGAACCAGUCCACUUACCAAGCCUCAUCAUCCAAACAACAUCAGGCUAAGUUUCAGUCCGUGUAGUCCGAGUUACCGUUACUGAUGAGAGAGAUACCUUCACUGCAGGAAUGAUCUCCUCAGUCUGUUUUCCGCCUGUGUUUUAGUGAGGUUUAAUUGUGCUGCUUCCAAGUGCUCUAGCAAUGGACUGUAUCCAGCACUAGCUGCUGCAGGGAAACUGGUUGAACUCUGCAAGUUAUGAGCACAGCGUUGGCCAGUUUGUGGCCAAGCGUUGAACAGGGUGUGCUUUUAAUAGAGCAGCUCCUACCAGGCAGGCAGGCCCUGCAGAGCUGAGCUUCUGGCUGGGGCUCUCCCGCUAAGGGAAGAAAUUCACUCCUUGGUCACUGCUGGUCCAGCCCUAAGACUGGAAUUGCCCAAUGGCCCUGAAGCCCCUUCUGACCAGGAGAGUGUUAGCAGGCUUGACAACCCACUGGCAGGAGCGAGGGGCUGGAGCAGUCCCUGGCUCUCCUUCAGGAUGCCCAGAUAAACUUCUCGUCUUUACUUAAAAAGAAAUGUGGAAAGAGGACCUGACUGAAUCGCUGCUCUUGCAGGGGACAAACAGAUUUGUGUUGCAGCAAAUGAGCGCUGCAGCACUCCCAUGCUGUCCCUCAAGGAGAUACAAAUCUAUGAAGCAAGCCAGUAGGUAAGACACCAAACACCGGUUUUAGGGCUAGCUGAAAACUGUCUGCCUACAACCCUCUUCUCUUCCUGGCUCAUCAGGAGUAAGAAUGCUGCUCGAUUUCUUCACAGGGUUAUCAAAGUAAAUUGACUCGCCUGAUUUCUGCAAGCCCCCUGAAACCAGGACUAAUGAGAGGUGUGAGACACUGAUAAAGUAUUUUUUUAACAUUUCUGUGGGGUCUUUUCCACUGUGAACUUAAUUUUCUUUUGUUAUUUAAAUUUUUGAAUAUAUUUUUUCACAAAACUGAUUUGCUACAGAUGAUGUUCUUAAAAGACACGGGGUUUUUCUGUAAUUGUAAAUCACAUAGACUUGUAAAGAUUGGACUGUCCCCCAGACAACAUGAUCUGCAAUAAAAACUGGUUCAAAACACA